AUGAUGAGACAACAGCAACGAAAUGAUACCAAGAGAAGAGACGUUUUUGGUAGGAAUUAUUCUUAUCUUCAGAGUUGUUUACCACAUAUGGGUGAAUUAGAAACGAUCGAUCUAUAUUCUCAUGAUUUAGAAUCCGGGUACACACCAUUACAUGUUACCUUAAAGCAGGGACAUUUACAGAACAGUUUUAAACUCUAUAAGCAUUGGAAGGAUGAAGUGGAAUACCUUUCACAUAAAUUUGGUGGGCAUGUAUUGGGACAAGUGGACAGAGAAGGACUCACACCGUUGGAAUUAUAUGAUUUGGAAUUAGAAGGACCUGCGAGAAGAUUCCCACAAAUGAUAGGGUACCGUACAGGUGAGACGGAUAGUGGAUCUUUAGUUGUAUGGGGGGAUAAGCCGCCAGAGCAAAGCACCUUUGGUUCAUACGUUUUGACAUGGGGAUCGAACGUUAACUAUCAGUUGGGGACAGGUACUAAGGAUGAUCGUCAGAAUAUGUUUCAAUUAGUUAUCAACCAGUUGGAAACCCAUGGUUAUCUACCCAGCGGAGAGAAGUUUAAACAGAUUUGUAUGAGAAGGUACCAUUCGUUGAUACUAACGACAGAUAAUAAAAUAUACACCUGUGGUACUGGAUCUCGGGGUCGUCUGGGUAAUGGAACCGCAGAAUCGCCACAACCGACAUUUACUCAGGCAUGGGAUCUCAAAGGUUUAAAGGUCAAAAUGGUCGCUUCUAGUGAUCAUCAUACUUUAGUGCUCACUGAGGAUGAUGCUGUUUAUAGUUGGGGGUGGAAUGCAUAUGGACAAUCAGGUCAAUCGCUGGGCAAAAAAUCGGAUGAUAAAAACGUUAAUAAGAUUACAGUUUCAUCACCAAAGAGAAUUAAUUUUCUCGACAAUGACGCUAUCACAUUUGUGGCAUGUUCCAAAAUUCAUUCAUGUGCCGCUACAGCGUCAGGAAACAUUAUCCUGUGGGGGUUGAAUUUGGGUCAGAUGGGCGGUUCUAAACCGGUACACGCUACACCUGAUUCACAGUACCAUGAUGAGGAUGGAUAUAUUGUAAGAACCCCUAUGGUUGUCAGUUUACCCAAUCAUCAAGUGGAACAAAUUGUUUGUACAGAGAUGGUCACAUUUAUUCGUACUCAGGGGAACACUUUACAUGUUCUUAGUAAUUACACAAUGAGAACUUUCAAAAUACCGCUGCCGAAAUCUCGUACUUAUAAAGAGAUUGAUGCAUUUGAUCAUUUUACACCCCGUGAGGUACCCAGUGAAGUUGUAGACAUGAAAUGUAGUAAUCGAUUUGGUAAUAGGAUUUGUUUCAAGUACGCUUCUGGUAGGAUUGGUAUUAUCAAUUGGAAGGGGGAUAGCACAAAAAUGUGGUCUAAGAUGCCUAAUUCUUUGCCAGUGAAUUUGUACUGGACGCCGAAUUUGCAGUCUAAUCGUUGCGCAGAUUUUGACGUUAGCGCACAAGGUAAGCUUUUGAUUUGUACCGUGAGUGGUGAAGUCUAUACCCUGGAUGGUGUAAAUAGCCGUCCAGAAAAGGUGCAUAGUAGCAAAUUGCAUAGUGGUAGAGCCGUUAAUGUUUCGUGCGAUUCGUCAUUUGGUUCAUUCGCCAUUUUAAAGAGUGAAUUCAAUGAGAUCCCUAUGAUUUAUCCUAAAGAUACUUUGUAUUUCGAUUUUUCUCAGUACUCACCACUGAAAGGCAAGGUUAGAGAUAGACACAAUCUAGUUUGGGGACUUUUGAAUGAACCACAAUUCCGAUGCGCUGAUUAUUUAAGUAAUCAUAAACUUAUUACUGAAGUUAAGGGGGAUGAAAAAAACUCUGAACUGCGAAAGAUUAAAGAUAGCGGGUCAUCCCUUGCCAACUUUGAAGAUGCCAGGACUACGGUAUUGGCUCAGCAAGAGAUUUUUGAAGAUGCAAAUUUCGACGUUGCCUUUGUAGACUCUCAAACGAGAUUACCGAUUUGUUAUUGUCACAAAUUGAUCUUGCAGAGCCGCUGUCAAAAGUUACUUAAAUCUAUUGCUGAUACCGGUCGAUAUGAUGCCAAAAAUUCAGGUUUAGAAUUUGUUCUUCGAGACCGCGGUAAAAAUGAAAACGUUUGGAACAUUGGAGUCAAGGCGGACAAGGAUGCGAGUGAGUCAUUACAGAAAGUUACUCAUUUUCUCUACACAGAUGAGAGACAUUUUGGUCAAAGUACUUCUAAACUAUUAUUCGAUCUUGUUGAUAAUUCACACCAUCUGGCCAGAUUGCCUAUUUCUCUACAAGAAUCAUGGAAGCACAACAACAGUGAUAGUCAUCAUCAAAAUACCAGUACAGAUGUUCGCAUUCUUGUUAAUGACGGUAUUUUGGAAGCACAUGAAUUAGUUCUUUCCACGAGAAGUGCAUUUUUCCAAAUCAUUUUAAACAAAGAUUGGGUUUCUAGGAAUGAUGAUGGAUAUAAGAUUAUUGAUCUGAGACAAAUUGAAUCUGCUAACCAGAACAAUGUAGAAUUUGUUUUAGGUUACAUCUAUGGUAUGGAGUAUGAAGAUCUUUGUUCCAAAUUGGACCAAAGAAGCUUUACGGAGUACUUACAAUUCUUUUUGGAAGUUUUAGAGCUAUCGGAUUUUUUCAAUUUAGAAUCGUUUAAGAACUUUUUGGAAAGUUUGAUUGCCAACUAUAUCACUGGUGAAACCGUUAUUCCCAUUCUGAUCAAUGCAGCAUACUACAACUGCCGAUUAUUGGCAUUCAAUUGUUGUUGGUUCCUCUGUACCCAUGUGGGAAUGUUAUUUUCUAAGGAGAAUAUUGAAUUGGUUAACCAACAUUUCGAUUCAGAAAUAUGGCAGUCCUUGGAAAGAGUUCUAAGGGAAAUGAGAAAUUCAUCUGCUAGUUCUCCGGAUAGUAAUAAAUCGUGGUACGACAAUAAGAAUUUCGAUUGGCUAGCCUUGUUCCGUAACAACAUUAGAGCAUUCAACGAUCGUUUCAUAGAUCCUAAGCAUCGGUUUGUGCCAAUCUUUGAUCUAAAACCAAGAGAAGCAGAACCCAAGCAGAGAACUAAAUCUUCCAAUAGAAAAGCAUCUUUUGUGCACGGUAAUACUCAAACAAAGAGUCGACAGUCUUCUACCACUGGCGAGAAAAUUGAAUUGAGAAGACCUUCUCAUAUAGAUAUUGAGAGGAAGAGCGCUUGGGCAGAUCGUACUGAUGAUACUGCUAUUGAAGAUAUUGAUGAUUUUACUGAAGUGAUGAAAAAACCAAGACGUAGGCUUUCAUCAAGACCCUCAGAUGGAAAAUCAGAAUCGAAAACAGAAUCAAGUUCUGUGCUUAUAGACCAAACACCUAGGAAAAGUGGUAAAGUUGUUCUUCAUUCGGCUCCAGAGGAAUCUAAUGUCGAUCUGCCAUCCUUAUUCCCCAUAUCGAGCAAGUCUCCAAAUAAUGAUGGCCUAUCAGAGAUGGAUACUUCCUCUGCAAAGAUGAGUGGUGCAUUUAAGAAAGUUUCUCAGAAGCAAAGGAUGAAACAUAUCGUUGUGGAAGAAGGUGAAAAAUCACUAUCAAGGGAUCAACAAGUCUGGAAAAAAUCUUCAAGGGCUAAAUCUUUCAAUAGUUCUUCCUCCUCUUCUGCUAAGAACAAUCUACCUUCUCUUUAUGAUCAUAAUUCGAGCGUUUCUCUCAACGUCAGUAAGAAGGAAAAGAAGAAGAAUCACCAAUUGGCCCCUAACACAGAAUUUGUUAGUCACGGUAAUUUGGGUGGUAUUUCGCCGUAUUUGCAGAAAACUGCCAUGAAGCAGGCAAGUGCAGCGGCGGAGUCCUCAUCGUCCCGUAAGGAUGGUUCCAUUGUCCCACCUGCUCCGGCUUCUGCUCCGGCUUCUGCUUCUGCUGGCCCCACCAUGACAUUAGAGGAAAAAUUGGCAGCUCAACAAUUUGAAAAAUGGUUUGCAGAACAGGCUAAAAGUGUGCAGAAGCAGUUACACAAAAAGAAGAACAAGAAUUUAGCUCGAGAACUAGACGUUGUAUACAAUGCCGCAGAGACACUACCAGACUUCGUACAGGGCUCUGAUGAUAAAACUAAAAAAGGCAAGAAGAAGCUGAAAUUAAAAUUUCAAAGUAGGCAAGUGCAGGAAUAA